UAUAACCUGUUUACCUUCUGUGAGUACAUACAAAGCAUCUGUCUCUUUCAACAACACAUCGAAUCCGAAAUCAAAUAUUUGACACAUCAGAAAAAUGGCAAUGAGAGGAAGGGGUGGUGGUAGGGGUGGUCCUAAUCCCAACCGUCCACCUCGAGUGAACCGUGUGUACGAACAGUUCAAGCCCAUGUCUGAAUGGAGACAAGAAGAUGGUUAUGACACUCUUCUUGUGUAUCUCCCUGGCUUUCAAAAGGAGUAUAUUAAGGUUGCGACGGAAGAGUUGAACAUUGUUAGAGUUCGUGGAGAGCGUUUGGUAGCGGAAAACAAAUGGAGUCGGUUUCAGGAAGAUUAUCGAGUUCCUGAAAACUGUGAAAUGAGAGGUAUUCGUGCAAAAUUCGAUGGCGGAAUACUAACAAUUACAAUGCCUAGAAAGAUCGUCAAUGCACCACCGCCGCCGCCACCUACUGUCACUACCUCGGCUCGGGUUGCCCCUAAAACAGUAGAACGACCACAAAAGCCUAAAGAAGAACCGACGGAUAAGAAACCAGAUAAACCUCAAACCAGGCGUGUAGAGGACAACACUUUGCCACCACCAACACCAAAGCCCACAUCUUCAUCGGCACCGAUAAUAGAACGACCACAGAAGCCUAACGCAGAACCAAAGGAAACGAAAACCAGUCGUUUAGAGGACCACACUUUGCCACAACCACCAAAGCCCACAUCUUCGUCGGCACCAACCAAACAACCACCAUCAAAACUUGCACCAGAAGCGAAGGAUGCUGUAAGGGACAGAUUUGAACAUGAUGUUAUUGAAAAGCCCGUUGUUAGUGAAAAGACGAAUUUGGCCGAAGGAAAAGAAACUAUGCUCAAAGAGGAAACAAAGAGGGGUAUCGAGGGUACCAAGGGAAAACCGAACAAUUCAGGAGUAGUUAGUGGCGGUUUACAGGGCAUAGUUGCGAGGAGAGGGAUUAAAGAAGAUAGGAAGUUGCUGGUGAAUGUGGGUGUGGGUGUUCUGAUGAUCGUUGCACUUGGAGUUCAUGUGUCCUACACCAUGGGGCUCAUCGGCAAAGGGGAGUAGUUUCAUCAUGUAUUAUGUAUAUAUAACUAUAUAUAUGCUUGUUAUAAUGUUGUGAAUUUGAGGUUACUUUAAAAAGUUUAUCGUACCCUGUAAAUUUAUUAAAGAAACGUUUCUUAUACGUUUAAUCCA